AUAAAUAAAUAAAAAUAAAUGUAAAAUGUAUUAAAAUUUUAAUUUAAUAAAGAAAUUUUAUCAAUUUGGGUUUUUUAUUAUUAAAUUGACAAUAUACAAGGUUUCUGCAAGAUCUUAAAAUACCUCAUUUAUUUAUUUUACAUUAAAAACCAAAGUGCUGCAGACUUAAUCCCCAAGUCUCCAGCAGUUCUGUAUCAGAUUUUCACUUUCUGUCACUCUGCACACAGGGCUGCCAUCUUGUACUUGGCCCUUUUAAUUAUCUCUCUUAAGCUCCGACGCCAAGUGCUUAGACCUUGAUUGCAAAGAGCAGCUUUGUAUAUUUGACUAAAUUAAAAAACGGAAAAAGAAGGGUGAGAAAAAAAAAAAAGAAAUCACAAGUCAGCCAGCGUGUUACAUGCAACAAUGCAAUUUCCCCUAAAGCUUUCGAGUCUAGUGCUUUUUAGGAACAACAAAUAAUCAGUGGCUUUAACUGGUAAAUACAACUGGAACAAAAAUCCUCCGAAUCUCUCACGACAUCUGUGUUAUUAUUUACCGCAGAUAGCUCUUACCAACUGAACCACAGAUCACGGAUGACUAUUUACCAGAGUAGAUAUGCUAGACAUGUGCAAAGCUGCAUUCAGUUGAUAAACAAAAAGCAAACAAACACCUUCUAUUAAAACAAUAAAAAUAAAACAUCAAAUCUAAUACUGAAAAGAUUGACACUAAUGUCUCAUAUAUUUCACUGCUCGGUUAAGCACAAAGCAAAAUAAAUAUCAAUACAUUAAAAAAAAUCCAUCUGUGCAGAACUGAGUUUAGCAUGGGACUCAUCCUCCCCCAGGCUUCCUGCCACAUCCAAAGAUCAGGCUGUAAGAAGAUUUCUGUGCACUAAUGGCAUAAAUCUUGUCACUGCUUUUCUUGCAUGCUGAAUUUCAGCUCAAACAUGACCAAAAAGUCUUAAAGUUACUUAUAUAAGAGCAUCAGUAUGACGGUUUUCUUUAUUACACAUCUUAUGUUACUGUCACAAUGUUUAAGAACUGAAAUGAAACUCAAAAAGUUAAACAUGUAACUAUGUAAACAUUUAUAUGUUAAUAUGUUUGUUUUUUUUGACUGGAAAUUAUAAGUUUAUUAGCAGAGUUCAGGCAAACAUUUUACCUUCUCCAUUCUGAAUCUAAUCUGGGCUUCUGAUACCUUGAUCUUAAAGUUAUUGCAACAGAAUUAUCUCUUCUGUGAGUGAGUGUCAUUAUCAUUGCCCAUCUGUCUCAGAAAACUAGAAAAUCGGAAAGCCACAUUGCGAUUGGCCAUAUGGUGCAGAAGAGCACCGGCUUAGAAAGAGUUUGAUUCAUUUAAGGUUUUCCAGCUGGCACAGAUAAAAAAAUCAUUUUAUCUGUGCCAGUAUAUAUGUAUAAAAUCCAAAAUCAUAUUAUUGGAUGUUGGUGCUAGUAUAAAGACAAAAUAUUACAAAGACAACAGGACAAAUCACUUAACACCUACAUAAGGAAAGGGACUUUUUUUUUUUUUACCUAUUUAGUUGUGAAAGUUGCGUCUUGAAGUAAACCUGUACAUGUUUUAAUGCAACUUUAAAAAAAUAUUCCAUCCUUUGUCUUGUCUUUUUGUAUAUUUUCUCUUUUUCUGACCAUUGGAAAAUUCCUGUAGAUUAUCAGUUUCCCAAACAUUUAGAUUAGUUCAAAGUCACUUAAAUCUCCUUUCUUCCUCAUGAAAAUGCUCAGUUUGAACUUCAUCAAAUAUAUUAUAUACCUGAAAGGAUUUUGUUGCUGAUUGGUUGAAAUUGAACAAGUGUACCAAAUAAAGUGGCCAAUAAGUGUAGGAUGUUUUUUCUAGGUAGAACAAAUAGCUCAACCCCUGAAACUGGAAUUGAGCAUAAACAGAUCCGAAAAAGAAACGUUGUCAAUUUAAAGACACAAGCAUGGGAUUACAGAUAAGUCAGGGGGCUGUAAUCUCAAAUAUCUAUGAAAAAGAAAACUUUAUCCCACCAGUGAUUUUACUUAAAAGUCCUUGUCAAAGCUUAUACCACAAGGUUCUCUUUCUGAUAUUUGUCUAAUGGGGUCAGUUUGUUGUAUAACUUUUUCUAAUCUGUUGUGUUGUGAGGGAAAAAAAAGUUCAAAAUGAGUCCCUUGUGUAGCUUUACGACACAUCUGUAAAAAUCAGUGUGGUUGAUAGAUUGUAUAAGAUGGCUGGAGGGCUCGCAUUUGUUUUAUGAGGUCAGUUAUUUCCUGUCUUGUUUAAUCUAUUGUCAUACGGGCCGGAGAUAAGAACAGAGUUUAGCAGCAGCUCGUCCUGCCUCAUGAUAUGUCUGCAUCUGUCUAAGAAUCGGAUAUUUGUGUUAACUCUCUGGGCUCGACCUCCUGGUACAGCGCAGCUCUGAACUCUAAGCUGGGUAUUAUGCUAAGAAUCAUCAAUGGUGAUGAAUAAAUUUCAAGUGUAAGUUCAUGUGGAUAAUGCGUUUUUAGCAAACAACUUUGAAGGUCCUCCAAGAAAUAUAAAAGUAAAAUGAAAAUUACACAUUGACUGUACAAAUAAACAACUUGCUUAUUUGCAGCUAUGCUGUUGUUUUAUGCAUUUAAACACUGCCCAGAUUGCAUACAUAAGAGUUAUUAGUUUUGACAUAAUCUACACAGUAACAUCUGAUGCUCAGAGACAAUAAAAUCUCAAGGAUUGAGACAUGUGAGAAGAAAGAGCAGAAAAAGGGGAUGUUGGAAGGCACUUCACCAUGUGGAAGACGGGAACUCUUGCCAAAGUAGCUGAAACUGACCAAAAACAAAAGGUAAAAUGCACAGAGAUAAACUGCUAGUCCCAUAGAAGUCACAUUACAUUACUUAAUUUUCUUUGGAACCUACUAAGUAGUGCUUAUAUUCUCUCAGUUUGAACAAUCUGUUGGCGUGGCGAGACUGUCAAGCAACAGCUGUACUGAUUCCAAGAAAGUUUUCUUGUCCCACUUCAUUAUACUGUCACACAUGACUCAGCACAGCUUGUAAUUCUCCUGUUGAGAAAAUGGCUGAUCUGACCCUCUGGGCUGGGGGUCAGUCAGAUGUUGGAGGAUGCAUUAGAUAGUUAAGACAAAACCCCCAAAUCAGUUUAAUUUGAUCUAAACGUGACAAUUCAGGAUCUUCUUUGGCACAAGUUGGGUUGAUAUCCAUCACUUGUACUUACAGUUUCAGCUGAUGAUACUAAAGUUUUCCAGAAAAGUCCUCAAAAGACUUUUCCAACUUGUGUAAAUCUAUCAGUCUCCUUACAUAUUCAUUGUGUUCGGCAAAACUGACUCAAAUAGAUCAUUUCAAAGCUCCAAAUUAAAGUUUCUUAGAAACCAGUGCUUUUGUUUGCUUUUAAUUUUAAAACAGGGUGAAAAUGCCUUUCCUUCCUGAAAAUGACUCAACUAAAUACUUCCAAAAGGGAAUUCCCAGCUUAAAUAACUAACCCAAAGCAGGACAUGGCUGUGUUAUCAAAUAACUUAUAACGCUGCUAUGAUGAGGCACAUGCGCAAUCAUCAUUUCCCUCAUCCAGCGCCAACUGAGCUCAGACUUAAAACCUCCUGCAUCUGCAGAGGGAUCAUCAGUUUAUAGGAGAGCAGGAAGCUGAGCUUUGUGGGAGCUGUCUGUUUACCCUGGAAACCUGUUAUGUCAGGAAAUGCCGAUUAUGAAUCCAGACUUUUUCCAGUGUUUUUUUCCCCCAAGGCUCUCACUCUGAUGAAAAUGUGGAAACCGGAUCUUGAAAAUCAGUAAUGUCACCAUGCGCUAAUCGGAAACCCAGACUUAAAAGGGGAUGUGUGGGACACGCAGUUGGUAGAGUUUGAAAAUAAAGUCCAGCUAAAAUAUGCAUGCAGUCUGGAUAUUCCUCCUAUUCACCAAAGAGGGAUUUUCUCUUGCACAGAAGAUUAAAGAUGGAGGUGCAGGACCUAAAGGAAGCAGACCCCCUGAGCAGUCGAGGAACAACCGUCACUGUGGGACCUGGGUUCGGAAAUCAGAUGGUGGAAGCUUCAGCUCCCCAAACUACCCAAAUACAUACCCUCCAAACAAGGAGUGCCUUUAUGUACUGGAAGCCCUGCCCCGUCAGAGGAUAGAGUUGCAGUUCAGCAAAAUCUUCCAAAUCGAAGCGUCUUUUGAGUGUCGGUUCGACCACAUCGAGGUGAGGGAUGGUCCCUUCAGCUUCUCAACACUCAUCAAUCGUUACUGCGGCACAGCCAAUCCCGGCCGGAUCCUCUCCAGCGGGCGCUUCAUGUGGAUCCGGUUCUACAGUGAUGAUGAGCUUGAGGGGAAAGGAUUCCAGGUCCAGUAUACGUUUACUGCAGAUCCUGAAUUUCAUCUCCAUGUAGGAGGACUUUUAAACCCCAUCCCAGAUUGUCAGUAUGAGCUAACUGGGUUUGACGGCGUGAUCCGCUCCCACCAGGUUGAGGAGGAGAACAAAGUGAAGCUGGACCAGGCAGUGGACUGCAUCUGGACCAUACAAGCCCCAAUGAAGAGCAGGAUUUACCUGAAAUUCUUGGAAUAUCAGAUGGAAAACUCUAAUGAAUGUAAGAAGAAUUUUGUGGCUGUUUAUGAUGGCAGUAGUGCCAUUGAGGACCUCAAGGCCAAGUUUUGUAGUACAGUUGCUAAUGACCUCAUGCUGGAGACUGGUUUCGGAGUGGUGAGGAUGUGGGCGGAUGAGACAAGCCGUCUAAGCCGCUUCAAGAUCCUGUUCACAGUUUUCUCUGACCCUCCCUGUAUUGGCGGUGCGUUCUUUUGCCACAGCAACAUGUGCAUCAACAACUCUCUGGUGUGCAACGGUGUACAAAACUGUGUCUUCCCCUGGGAUGAAAACAACUGCCUAGAGAAAAAGAGCAAAGUUGCUUUCCUUCAAAUCACAAAGACUCAGGGAACAAUCAUCUGCAUUUCCACCGGGGUAGUGAUGUUACUCCUCAUUUUCUCCAUAAUGGUGCAAGUCAAACAACCACGUAAAAAGGUAGUGAUACGUAAGAAAAAACUGUUCCAACAUCCUCACCUCCAGAAGAUGUUUGACCCCCAGCACUACGAGCUGUUUUCUAUUAGAGACAAGGAGAUGUCUGGAGACUUGAGGAAUCUUUCAGAGGAACUUCUGUCCCUGCAGGCGCUGAGGAGAUCUUCAUCAGGCUCUCGUUGUGUUCACGAACAUCACUGCGGUUCGCAGGGAUCUAUCAAUUCCAUCAAACCCAGCCACAGUUCAAAUGUCUUGAGGAAGACGUCCUUGGAGCUCGCCCCGUUCAGAAGGGACACCCAGACCGCUGCGCCUCCUUUCAGGGGCAUAAACAACAGCUCGCGGAAGAAGAGCUGGCCCAGUUUAAAACAGAGUCAAAUGCAGAGCCACCCUGCUAUCAGGGAUCGGGUGCUGUGGCAGCAGGACAGAGUUAUGGAAGAAGAUGACGAGGAAGAGGAGGAGGAGGGGAGGUAUGAUCUGUAUGUCAGAAGAGCAGGAAGCCGAAGGGGAAAAUAUGACAUGACUCAACAAAGAUCUCAUUCCAUGGACUUUUAACAUGAGAAACAAAGGUCAGAGCAUUACAAAUUACAGGGAUUCAGAGACAAUUUUGUGCUGAUGUGAAUAAAACAUGAAGAUAAAAGCAGAUACAGCUUGUUUGCCAUUGUACUUGUCUUAUUUCAUUAAGGUUACGGCACAGUGUUUGGGUAAAGGGCAUGUUAAAGUGAAACUUACAGACUAAGGGACUGCCGAAUCUUUCUGGAAGCGGAAACAGUCAGUGACUGUUUGUGGUGUGUUGUGUCUUUCUGCCCAGCCAGAGGUCAACCACAAACGGUCACCUUUGAAAAAUAUUUUUUGUAUUUGUAAUGUGCAUGCUUAAUCAUGGAAAUGGUGCGCCCAUAUAAUAUGGAUUGAAUAACCUCUGUCAGAAUAUAUUGCUGUUUGGUGGCUUCCCAAUUUGAUUUUGAAUCAAAGCACUAUUUGUGUUGUUUUUUAAGAUUUUUUUGCAUUUAAUUUAACGUUCCACAUUUUCUUAAAGUUUAGACUUGUUAGACUGGAAUAUUAAAACUGAACAGGUUUUAGGAUUUAUAAAACCUUUAUGUGAAAACACUAAACAGAGCAUUUUCAAUGGUUUUAUGGGAUUAGAAUAUUUUUAAAGUGACUCAAGCAUAAAACGUACAGGAUAUAGAUCUGUGAAGCCUAGAUUGGAUUAUUCUAAAGUGAUUAUAGAUGCUUUUGUAUAGACCUUAUGACUUGUAAAACCCUUGUGUGAAAAAUUGAGGAUUCUUAGUUUUCACACAUUGAGAUGCUUUCUAUUUCUCUUUUUUGACAAGUGUGUUUAGGAUGCUGAAAUGCUUCAACAUAAAGUGUAAUUUUAAUGGA